AACAAGAGAAAAAAAUAACUGUUUUUUUUUUCUAUAGCAGAACAAUCAAAAUGCCGAUUUCUCGAAUUGCCGUAGGAUCUCCAGCUGAGGCUGGCCAAGCCGAUGCUCUCAAAGCAGCAUUGGCUGAGUUUAUUUCAAUGCUCAUUUUUGUUUUUGCCGGUUCAGGCUCGGGCAUGGCUUUUAACAAGCUCACUGACAACGGGGCCGCAACGCCGGCCGGUCUUAUAUCAGCAUCAAUUGCCCAUGCUUUCGCUCUGUUUGUGGCGGUUUCGGUUGGUGCUAACAUCUCCGGUGGUCAUGUAAAUCCUGCUGUCACAUUUGGCGCCUUUGUCGGUGGCCACAUUACCUUGAUCCGAAGUAUUUUGUACUGGAUUGCUCAGUUGCUCGGAUCCGUGGUCGCUUGCUUGCUUCUCAAGUUUUCUACUGGUGGAUUGGAAACAUCUGCAUUUGCCUUGUCAUCCGGUGUGGGAGCAUGGAACGCGGUGGUUUUCGAGAUCGUGAUGACCUUCGGUUUGGUUUACACAGUUUACGCCACGGCUGUCGACCCGAAGAAGGGUAACAUUGGGAUCAUUGCACCCAUUGCGAUUGGUUUCAUUGUGGGUGCCAACAUCUUGGCUGGUGGUGCCUUUGAUGGUGCGUCCAUGAACCCUGCAGUCUCCUUUGGACCGGCCGUGGUCAGCUGGACAUGGAACAACCACUGGGUCUACUGGCUCGGUCCUUUCGUUGGUGCCGCCGUUGCAGCCAUCGUCUAUGAAGUCUUCUUCAUCGCCCCAGACACAUACGAGCAGCUUCCCAGUUCAGAAUUUUAAGAUUUCUGGUGUAUUGACGGGUUCUAUGCGAUCCAUUAACAAGGGUUGUAAGCAGUUUAGUGGGUCGCUUUGGUUUCGUAUCUGUGGGUGCUUUUUAUUCCCUGUUGUUUGUAUCUCUCUUUUGUUAAUGGUUGAUUCCACUUAAACCUGCUCAAUAUCAUUUCAUAUUUGUCCA